AUGGGGGCAGCAUGCUCAAGGAAGAGAGAAAGCCAAAUCGAUGGGGAUGGUCUGAGAAGAGCGGUGUCAAAAAAGUAUGGGAAGAGUGCCAGUUGGAAAUGGCUGCUGUAUCCAAGUCCUCACUCUUCCUCAGUUGUAUCAAAGGGGGAAGGCAACCGAAGUCCGUCCCUAAUGGAAUUGUGCGCUCGUAGAAUUCGUGAGGUCCGUUUCACCCAACUUUUUUGGAUUUUUUUUCCUUUCUGUAAUGCAGAUCACGGAUGAUUUUCUUCUCACCUUGUCUGAUGUGACAUUGGGUCUGCAUUUUUUUCAUUGUUACUAGGAUAUCAAGAUGUAUAGAAGUUUUUCAAUGCUGCCUAGGGAUAUCAGCCAGCAGAUAUUCAAUGAAUUAGUGGAGUCUCACUGCCUUAUGGAGUCCUCUCUUGAAGCAUUUCGAGAUUGUGCGCUCCAGGUAAUAUUUUCGUUAUCCUUUCCUGGUUGAUUCAGCCUAAAGUUAUUAUCCUGGGGAUUUUGUUGUGGAGACCUGAUCAUCAUUAUGCUCCAUCAUACGAUUCUGCUUUUGUUUCAAAAUAUUCAUGGUAGCAUAAUGUCAUCAUUAUUUAAUGGAAAAAUUACCAUAAAUUAUACGGUUUUGCUUUUCUUUAAAAAUAAUUUAACAUUAUGGUAAAUUAUUUUUAUAAUUUACCAUAAUGGCCUGAGAAGCUAUUGUGCCCCAUUGUUCCUGAGAUUAACUCUUUUUUAAAGAAAAUGAAGGGUUUCUUACAGUGAUUCUCCGUUCUUUCUGAUAUUUGAUUUUCUUUCCAAUGGUAGAAUCUCGGUCAAUUUUAUGACACUCGCAAUAAUUAAUUUGAAAGAUACAGCCUUCUUCUUUGUAAUGAAGAAGAAAAAAGAAAAAGGAUCAAUAACUGACUACCUACGUAUUCUGCUCUCUGAAAUUUUUUCUUUCUCUGCACAUAAUCCACUGUCAUGGAUCUGUAUGUUAUGAAUGAUUGAACUUCAAUAGAUUACUAACAUCUGUAGUAGGUUACAAUUUUUUUAUGGAGAAGUUGCUGAUAAGUUAUAUUUUCCAACAACUCUAGGGCCUUGUUUGUAUUGGUACAGGAUACUGGACGAAAUAUACUAGAUUCUUAUAUAUUUUUUCCAGGAUAUUCAUUUGGGAGAAUGCAUUGGAGUGAAGGACAGCUGGAUGGACUGUAUUUCCUCACAGGGAGGAUCAUUGUUGUCUCUUGAUAUUUCGUGUUCAGAUGUAACAGACAUUGGACUGCAUCUUCUCAGAGCCUGUACAGGGCUUCAAAUGUUAUCAUUUGACUCUUGUGAACAAAUUUCAGACAAGGGAAUUCUACUCUUAUCCGGUACUCUCCAUCUCGUCAAUUUUUGCUGCACAUUUUAAUAAUUUUUAUUUCUCCGAAAAUUUUAUUUUCUUCAGUUUCAAAAUGGAAAGACUGAUUAACCGAAAUAUUGAUAGAUUAUAGUCAACUGCUGCUAAAUAGAAUUCUUGAAAUUUUUUUCCAGGUCUGUCAAAUUUGACAUGUUUGAGUUUAAAAAGAAACAAUGGUAUCACAGCAGAAGGAAUGAAAACAUUUACAAACCUUGUUAACUUGGAAAAUUUGGACCUUGAAAGGUGUUCAAGGAUUCAUGGUGGACUUAUUCACUUAAAAGGUUCAUAUUUGACCUAUUGCAGUUGAUAUUUUCAAAUUUUUAUCUUGGGUCUAUUUCUUGAUUGCACCCAUUUUGUGGUCUGUAGAUUUUAUUAGACGAUUACUUGGAUUUGAUUAUUCCAAAUUUUGAACUAUACGUUUUUUUGUGAACCGUGUCAUACUUGAGUAAAUACUUAAUCCAAAUACUUGAGUAAAAAAAAUUCUCUAUAUGGUAAUACUGAUUGGUGAAAGUAAAAAUGUAUGUUUUUGGACAUGCAUGAGACAGGCACUUAUGCAUUAUAGGGAAAUCAGUCUCACUCAUAAGGUAUAACUUGAGCGAAGAAAACUCUUGUUAGCUGCUUUGUAUGCUUUAAAGGGCGUGGAAUUGCAUUUAAUCUUUAGAAUGAAGUCGUGGCUGAUCGAUUUUUCAGCAUGUGGAAUGUAAAAGUCAUCAUAUUUUCGAAUAUGAUGAAAAUUGAGUUUUUGGUCAUGUUUUGACAUCUUUGUUUGGCAGUUUAUUUAAGAUAAAAGACAAAUAUUGUGGUGCAUCUGUUUUUUGGUUGGUAACAACGUUAUAUUCACUAAUAGUUUCUUUUCUUGACAGGCUUAACGAAGCUUGCAUCUCUCAACAUUAAAUGUUGUAACCGUAUAUCAGAUGUAGACAUGAAAGUUCUCUCAGGUAGUUUCUAUGUAGACUCUUUAUGGAAUAUGCCAGAUUUGUCUUUGAUAUGAUUAACUUUAUUUAGGAUUUUAAAAAAUUCCGUGUUUGAUGAUACAUGCUGUGGAACAUGCAGUUGUUUUAAUGAAUUUUCAUCCAUAAAAAUGUGUUCUUGCAAUGGAUCUUAUAUUCCUGUCAUGCAAUCCUUCUGCUACCUUGGAACUAAGAAAAAUCCAUUCCUUUCCUGAUUCCAUCUUUGGUCAUCACAAAAAGAAUUCUGUGUUUCUUUUGUAAGAUGAUGGUUAACUAUUUUAACUUACUUGUAGGACUCACCAACUUAAAAGAGUUGCACUUAUCAUUUAACAAGGUUACAGAUGAUGGUGUUGCGCAUCUCAAAGGUACUUAUUAACUCUUUGACAUCUGUUUAUUACUUUUUGACCUGUUCUCAUGAAUGUAAUAUUGUUUUAGUACUCCAUUUCGAAAGCUUUUAUAUAAUUUCUAUGUAGUCAUUCGAAUUCACCAUGUUCAUGCAUGUUUGCUCGGCUUGGUGUCUCAUUGUAGGUUUGUCUAAGCUUACACUACUUAAUUUGGAGGGGUGUCCUGUUACUGCUGCCUGUUUAGAGUCAAUUGCAGGUUUUGAACUUAUUUUUACCCUUUUUCUUAUAUUGUUUCAUUUAUGCUUAUUUUUUGAAGUUAAUAACACAAAAUGCUAUGGGAUGAUAAGAUUUCAUGUCACACAAAUUUAACUAUCGAUUUUAUGACAUUAUUCUCAAUUUUUCUUAUCAUCACUGAUUUGGUGUUUCUUUUCAGUUUAAUUCUGGGACCGUCGUGACCCAUAAGCAAAUCGAAAUAUUUGAGCAUCCUUUUUUUUCUUAUUUUAUAUGAAAAGUGGCCCAUUUAAAUUGAUUCUCAUUUGUUCGUUGUAUGCUGAUUAAUUUAUAUUCCUCUUGCUGAUAUUUUACAAUGUUCGUAUAUUUCACAUUUUCUAUUUUGGUGUGUUGUGUAUCAACAAAGAAUUUAUGAUCCCCCCAUGACCAUAUUCUCCAUAUUUCUUACAUCGUGUUGACACUCAUUUCAAAAUUUGCCAACUACAAGCCUGCCAAGAACUUUUGUCUUUUUAGAUUUAACUCUCUGAGUGGUGUUUCUGAUAACGUCCAAUUUCAUUAAUAAACGCACACAUUCCAUACAAAGAUUCACAUGCCAUUUGAUGUACUUAUUCCACCUAGGUGAUCAUUUCAGAGGGAUCAUUCCCGAGAGUAUGAUUGCUGUCUUUUUUGCUCAGUUGCUGAUAUUUAUAAUUUAAGUGGCUUGUCUGCAAUGUAGAGUAGUUUUCACACAUCUUCCUCUGUAUUCAAAAUGGGGUAAAUAUUACCUGUUCCCUUUUAGUGUUUUUUUUUUUUUUUUUUUUUUGUCGAAGAGAAAAAAUACACCAGUGAUUGAUUGAGGGGCUAGUGGCAAAUACAAGUUGUUGAUGGUCUCAGUUUCGUGCUCUGCUCGUUUUUUGGUCAGAUGAUUGCUUAGAAGCUUCUUUUCGUCCUUGUCAAGUGAGGCAGGAGUUGGUCUGCUAGACUAUUUAACAGUAAUUAAAACACUGCAUUCUGAUAUUAUUGUACUUUUACCAUGGCUUUUACUUCCCAAAUCUAUUGUGGUAUCCUCCCGUGUGCUUUUUCCUUUUGACAUCAUAUAUGAAUUCUGUAUUGACGCUGGUUGUGAUCUGAUGGAUAUUCUUGCGAUCGUUUGUUGUUUGUUGUCAUGGGCUUCUACCUUUUGAACAAUUUAGUUAAAAUUUUCCUUCAGUUAGGCAGUCAUAGGCUAGGAAACGCUAGCUUUUCCUUCUUUUAUUCAGUGCGUAUUACAUUUUAGCUUAAAUAUGCUGUUAGUUUUCUCACAGGUCCGUUUCUUGGAUCCUUAGUCUGUGUUUUUCUCUUUAACAGCUGAAAACCCAUUUUGCUUGUUGGCAUAUGCAGGGCUUCUUGCACUCUCUUAUCUAAACCUCUGUCGUUGUGUGAUAUCUGAUGAUGGCUGUGAGAAUUUAGCUAGUGAGUUUCGAUUUCGUCAAACUUAAACUCAUUUUGAUUGUAAUUUACUCUUUUUUAGAGGAAAAGUCAGGUAUGAGAUUGGUCAAAGAAAGAUUUAUUUAGGAUAUUUUCUUCUAAAAAUCAGGGUAAUUUAUACAUUUUGUGAUAGUUUUUUCUACUAUAAUUUAUUUCUAAAUGAUUAUAUUUUCAUCCGAAACUUACAUUUAAAUUUUGUAUCGCAGAGCUGGUAAAAUUGAAAACCUUAAAUUUGGGAUUCAACAAUAUCACGGAUAAAUGCCUAGCAUAUCUAAAAGGUAACUUGUGUGAUCAACUUUGACGCUUUUUGGUUUCAAUGGACGUCUACAUAAACAGUAUCACUCCUAUUGAAACUUGAAAUGAGCACUUUUAAGUGGGGAUAUGGACCCAAAAGUUAAGGACAUGAGAAUUUCGUUUAGAGUGAAUGAUUCAUCAUUUAAUAUUGUGCUUACUCUUAGAGCUUCCUUUUUCCAAAAUUCAGAAAGCCAACUUAACAAGAUUCAUAAAGGACUGAGUCUGUUGAGAAGAUGAGAUUAUUGUGGACUGAAUCUGUUGUCAACAAAAUUGGAUUAACAAAGAAAAGAUUGUGAUUCCUACUCCAGUUCACUAAUGAAAGAAUUUCCAUGAUUUUAAUAUUUGAACUUCGUUUAUCUAAUUGAGUUUCCAAGUCAUUUACUGCUGCUCUAACUAUACUUUUUGGGGUCCAGCAACUAAUUGUCUAGGAAGAAACCAUAUUUUGGCUGUUCAAUGCACUGCGUUUGGUUCUUUUGUUCAUAAGAAGUGUGAUGACUUUUAUUCUACUGGUUCUCAACCUUUGCUCGUUUCAGGCCUAGUACUUUUGGAGAGUUUGAUCUUGGAUUCUUGCCAGGUUGGCGAUGAGGGAAUGGCUAACUUGAAAGGUUUGUCUUUGCCUUUGCAGUGAUUUUUUUCCUUAAUUUUGGUUCUAUUUUCCACCAUUUGUGUGCUUGAAUGUACUCCUGAAGCUUAAAUUGCAACUGCUGUAGACUAAUGCAUUGUGGUAUCUUUAACAUAAAUAAUUCCUUGAAAUGGGGAUUAUUUACUAACUAAUGCACUCUUGAUUUUAUAUUUUUUUAAUGAAAAGGUGGAUGUAGCCAAAUUUUUCUAGUAAUUUGUUUAGUCAUGGUCCAGAGGUGAGGAAGGAAUUGGAAAAUGAUUCACUAAGGAUGAACAGUUUCAUGAAAAAAAUAGAAUAAGUUAUGGUUAAAAAUUAAGAAUGACAUACAAUGAGGAUUGUAAUAUUUUUACAGACACACCUUCAAAGGUAUUUGAAUUUCUUGUAUUAAAUGAGAAAUCUGAAACUCUUUCGCUGAUCAGCAAUGGGAGAAACAGUAUGCACCAGAAAGGGUAGAACUGCUAGCAAGUACAUUGAUGUGUUAUUGGAGGGCUUACACUUUCUUAUCUUAUUCCUAUGGUAUUAAAAUAUCUAUAUAUAUGUAUACAAGCGCAAGAGUCCAAGAAGAGAAAAAAGGGCAAACAGAAAACAAGGAAAAGCUGUAUUAUGGACGACAUAAGAUGAGAAUUGUGAUAUUUUUAUGGACAUACCUUCAAAGGUAUUUGAAUUUCUUGUAUUAAAUGCUCAAAUGAGAGAUCUGGAACUCCUUUGCUGAUUAGCAAUGGGAGCAACCAUAUGCAUCAGAAAGGCAAUCGCUAGCAAGUACUUGAUGUGUUAUAAAGAAAGAGAAUUGGAGAGCUUACACACUCUUGUCGUAUUCCUAUGAUAUUAACAUAUCUGUAUAUAACUAUACAAGCGCAAGAGUCCAAAAAGAGAAAAAAGGGCAAUUGGAAAACAAGGAAAAGCUGUACUUAGAGUUAUGCGAUCUCUCUCCUAAUAGCCCUUUUUUCAAUCCCUUUUCCUAUGAGUGAUCAUGUAACAAGGAAAAUUAAGAAACCACAAGUGAUCAUGUUCUAAGAAUUUUCCUAUGAGUUCGCUAAUAGUUACACCAUUGAAGAAAUAAUUGGAAAGGACAGCUAUAGGAGAGGCACUGCUUUUAGUCGAAAUAUGUGCAAUUUGCUCAUGAAAGAUAGGAUUGCUGGUGAUUUGAAGAGUUCAGCUUUCAGAUUCGCCUGUAGUAACAAUCAAUGAAACCAUGCCAGAUUAUCUCUACAGAUGUAUCAGCCACAGGACACUUGUUGGCCUCAACGAUGAAAUUGGAGAUAACAGCCUGCCUCUUGUCCCUCUAGUAGACGAGGGAGGACCAUAUAAAGAUGCAAAAGCCUAUAGUAGUGCGAUGAUCGGAUGGACCUUCGACCGAAUCAGGAUCCAAAUAAGCACACAGCUCGAAAGUCACCAAGCAACAUAAAAAGAAAGUGAUGAAAGGUUGCACACGGAUAUCAAAUAACGAGGAAUAUGUGCAGAAGUAAGACUAAGGUGAGAGGGUUGGCAAAUUGGCUCAAGAUAUGCAUAACAGGACUAGUGACGUACACAAAGGUGUCAACUAGUUAGUGAUAGGAUGAAAGAGCCACCAAAGGUACAUCAGAGCGACAAAGCUUGAGGGGAAGCUCUAUUGUAGAGUCAUCUCUUGGAGUAUUGGACAGAGCUCCGUACUGAAGAAUGCCAUCAAUAUGUUUGUUGAGAGAAUAACUGACAACCAGUAGAAGAAGGAAUCUCACAUACUGAGGAAGUGGUGUAAAGGGUUCAAGGUUUGUCAUCUCAAACUAGUGAUGGAGAGAUAAAUGAGGUACUCUCAUAUAUGGUAAUUACUAUGUCAUAGAUAGAGAGAAGAAGAAUUGGAUGACUGCGACAAGAAGCACUUGCAAAGAAGGGAUAGCUGCAUUUUUCAAUCCCUUUUUUUAUCUCCUUCGGGCAAUUUUUUCCAAAAAUGAAAUAAAAUAUCAUUCACAUUUUCUGAAAUAUUGACAUUAUCCACUUCAUAUUUAGUAACCAAUUAUUCUUUUUCUUCACAUGAAAUAAUUGGAAAAUUUCUAGAUUCUCUAUGGUGGUUGUUUCUAGACAUUUAUUCUGCAUUGCUGGAUCUUAAAUUAUUAUUCUUAUGGUUUCUUUUUUGUCUGUUUGGUAUGCAUGUUCUCUACAUAGGUCUGGUUCUCCUGAAAACUCUUGAUUUGUCGGACACUGAGGUUGGAAGUGCUGGACUCAAUCAUCUCUCAGGUUUUGGAUCACCUCCUUGAUGGCAUGGAAUAUUGCUUAGAGUAGUUAUUUUAUUUUUUUUCUUUUUCUUUUGUAAAUUUUCCGGGUGUCUGGUUCGCUUCUAUUUCCAGAUUUGAGUUUAUCUUAGUGAGAUGAUAUUUUCAUUGCCAAAACCAGGGUCCAUUUCCCGAUGGUCUUCUGAAAAAUGAAAUCAUUCAAUUCGUCCACACCAUGUUUUCACCGCAGAACAAGCUUUUUUCCUUGGGCUUUUGUGGCUGACUGAACAAAACGAAGUGAUUCCUGAUCUGAGUGCAUGUAAUUUAAUUCGAAAAUGGUAGGAUCGUGUAAAUUAGGUGGAGACACCAGAUCAUUUCCAGUUUGCUUUCUUGCUGCGUACUGACCUAAAAGGAAAUUCGAAACCCAGAUAAUUAGCUCGUCUUCUGUAUAGAUGGCAUUGUAUGCGGACACUAUGAGACGUGACUAGUGGUACACUAGGAUUUAACUCUUUACUGAUGAACUAUUUAUUGGUACACUUGAAACAUAACCCAAAAAAUAGAAAGAGAAGUUGGGAGUAAAUCCUACUGGGACGAGACCAAAAGUUAAAAUGAGAUCCCCAUAAAUUCACAAAGUAAAAUUUCAAUUUAUUUAUCAGAGUAUGAGUCCCUUCUGAAGCCAUAACGGAUUUUCCAUGAUCCCACCCAACAUAAUGCAUGAAAGGAUCCUUGAAAAAUUGGGUUUUCUGAAAAUCAUUAUAAGUUACUCCAAUAUGUUUCAUUUUUGAAUAGCAGUGUGCUCGCUCAAAAAGGGUUCCAAAAGAUGUUGAUCGUAAAUAAGAGGAUGAUUUUCGGAGGAAAACAAAUAUGGAUUCGCAUUCUACUAUAUAAGAACUUUAUAGGAACCUAUAUAGUCUUGGAUUGUAUUUUGAAAAACAGUUGCUGAUGUCAUGCCUCAAUCAUUGACUAAUGUCGUUAGUUUAAUUUUUUUUUAGGUCUCUUCCACCUGGAGAGCCUCAAUCUCGGGUUUACGCUUGUCACUGAUGGUGGUCUGAGAAAGUUAUCUGGACUUACGUCUCUUAAAUCCCUGAAUCUCGAUGUUCGUCAAGUUACUGAUGCAGGAGUCUCGUCUCUUACCAGUAUGCACCACUGCUUGCCCUUCAUAUGCGUAUGCUUGUGUGUGUGUGUGUGUGUGCAUUUUUACUAAUUCCGAAGAGAAUAUUUUUUCCUCUUUUCAGAAAAAUAAAUGAUGUGUCAUGUUAAAUAUCUACCAGCUUUCGCUUGUUCCUCCAAAAUGUGUGCAUUCGAAGACCCUCUAAUUUGUGCCAAUAGAACAUCAACUUCGACUUGGUUUACGCCAUUGUAAAAUUUUAUAAAUAGCAUUUUAGAUCCAACCAUGUCUUGAAUGCCCGCACUUUCUUCAGAUCUUCACGUAUGCUUUUAUGAUGACUUGUAAGAAAGCUGUUGACCCACCCACAAUCCUGCAGGUCUUACUGGGUUGACGCAUCUCGAUCUCUUUGGUGCUCGGGUCACUGACCUUGGAAUGAGUUAUUUACGACGUGAGUGGAAGAACCUUUUCUUCUUGCCUUUAAAAUCCUGCAAAUCAGUCGAUAGUCUGAUCAUCAAAAUAUUUCUGUCUGUGCUUUCUGCUUCAUGUCAGGAUGUCGAGCACUUCAUUUUUUAUUUUUUAUUUUUUUCUGCGCGGCCUUUUAUAAUCCUGUUCCUCUUGUUUUGAAUAUAAUAUCCGCCUGAAAUAAAUCAGAAAAAUUGUGCACAUAUUUAUACAUGCAUAUGACAUAUGGAGAUUGAUAAUUUCGGUGGAACCUUCAUUCAUCGAUUGCGAGCAGAGUUGAAGGAUCUGCAGUCCCUCGAGAUCUGUGGAGGACUGAUCACCGAUGCUGGUGUGAAGAACAUCCAGGACCUCUCAUCGUUGACCCACCUGAACUUGUCGCAGAAUUCUGGGUUGACCGACAGGACUCUGCAGCUCAUCUCAGGUACACGACUGACCACUCACCUUCCCUCCUCCCCCGUCCUCUCCUUUCUCUCUCAUCCCUUUGUCAACGACGCCCAGGUUUGACCGGCCUGGUCUCCCUGAACCUGUCCGGGACCCGUAUCAGCAAUUCUGGGCUUGGGCACUUGAGGCCUCUGAAGCUCCUUCGGUCGCUGCAUCUCGACUCCUGCCGGGUGACCGUCCCCGAGAUGAAGAAGCUCCAACUGUCCGCCCUCCCCAACCUCGUCAGCAUCCGGCCGGAGUAG